UGAGAGCACCCAGCGCUUCCCCACGCCUUCAGAUUUGCGCCUUGCUGCCCAGGAGCUUCCUUCCGCUAGCCUUCCUUCCUAUCCACUAUGGCCAGUUCCAAUAGCAGUGCGGGCAUCCGCUGGUCCAGACAGGAGACACGAACUCUUCUCUCCAUACUAGGCGAGGCAGAGUAUAUUCAGCGCCUCCAGACUGUGCAUCAUAAUGCAGAUGUCUAUCAGGCUGUGUCUAAGCGGAUGCAGCAGGAAGGCUUCCGCCGUACCGAGCGUCAGUGCCGCUCCAAGUUUAAAGUUCUGAAGGCGUUGUAUCUAAAGGCAUAUGUGGCCCAUGCCACAAGUAUGGGCGAUCCGCCACACUGUCCAUUCUAUGAUACGUUGGAUCAGCUUCUCCGAAACCAGAUAGUGACUGACCCAGACAACUUAAUGGAGGAUGCUGCUUGGGCCAAGCACUGCGAUCAAAACUUAGUGGCCUCUGACACCCCAGGGGAAGAGGGACCCAGCAUUCUGAGAGCAAAAAGGACUCAGGCAGCAGAUCACCAGCCUACCUUGAAAACAGUUAAGGAAUCAGAUGAGGAUUGUCAACUGAGAAUCAGUGACCAGAUGCAAGAAACCAGUGACCUUGAGGACUCCUGGGAUGAAUCCUCAGGUGCAGGGUGUUCUCAAGGGACCCCCAGCUACAGCAGCUCCCACCACCUUUUCAGAGGUGCAGUUGCUCCCUGUCAGAGCAGCCCCAUGACCAGACUGGGUGUGUCCGGUGAGCCCAGUCCUUGCACCAGCACCAGCCGGAACACUCCUGGGGUGGCCUCCACACAACAGCUUCCAAUGUCCUCCGGAGUUUCUUUUGUUUCUGGUGGGGAUAGGCCUUUGACCAGUGAGCCCCCUCCAAGGUGGGCGAGGCGAAGAAGGCGGUCAGUGGCCAGGACUAUUGCAGCUGAAUUGGCAGAAAACAGGAGAUUGGCACGAGAACUUUCAAAACGUGAGGAAGAAAAAUUGGACAGGCUGAUUGCUAUUGGUGAGGAGGCCAGUGCUCAGCAAGACACGGCCAACGAGCUCCGCAGGGAUGCCGUGAUGGCAGUCAGACGCUUGGCGACGGCAGUGGAAGAGGCAACCGGUGCUUUUCAGCUAGGCCUUGAAAAAUUGCUUCAGAGGCUAAUUUCGAAUACCAAAAGUUAGGAACUGAUGACAAAAGGGUGUAUUGCCUAAAGUGGCAGAAGCCCAGAUCCAGCAGUUGCCUUCUGAUACCCUGGCAACUUUUCCACGUCCUCAGAAAAAAUGUAGAUGAGCCAUGAAUAUGCAGAGGAGGAGGAAUAAUAUGCCAGUUGCUUUACCCAAGUUUCUCCACUCAUUGAAAGACCUUUCAGAUAUGUGAGAGGUGGCUUAAUAGAAAACAAAUGGAGCCAAGUCCAGAGAGCUAGUUAGCCCUGGCUUUGUCACUGACAUGAGGCGAUUUAUUGUAGUUUACCUCUCUACACCACUGUCCUUAUCUGUAAAAUGGGAACUAGGUAACAACUCCUGACCUGCCUACCUCACAGGGUUGUUGUGAGGAGCAAACGGCUAAUAGAUGUGAAAGGGUUUAAAUAUUUAAAAGCACUAUACUCACGUAAGUUAUUAAUGUAUAUGAUCUUGGCUGAGGUGAGGCUAGGGUGAAGCGCAUUAGUUGACAAGAUAUAGAAUUGUGGUUGUAUACCAUGAUGACCUCAUUGCUUGAAACUUUAUUAGUUUAACUUGACUGCUUCCUGGAGUUUGAGAUCUUCAUUUCUAUUUUUUUUUAAUAACUCUAUAGCUCAAGACUACUAUAGACAUGACAUGUAUUGGUACCUUCCUCUCAUUUUCACUGCUAUGUCUAUGACAUACCUACUAGUACACACUCAGUAGUCAAACCAUCAUUCCCUCCAUUUUGAUAAGUCUUAGUCUCUAUAAGAAUAUAAUUCAGAACUGACAGGGAGCCACAAUCAUGUGUUAUGGUUCAUAUUGAUAAUCUUUGGUAUAAUGAGAUAUAGUGUGUUUUAUAAAAUAUUGAAUGUAAGUAAAUUCUUUGCAUUUCAUAUUACUAGGUUCCCUUUACAUGUAUGAUUAUAUAUAUUUAGGUUUGGGUUGCCAUUUGAACAUCAUGGAAAGAAUUCAGGUUAUAUCAGUUUCUCAAGUGCUUUUAGCUAAUUUCAUUCUCUUCUGUUAGCCUUUUUUCUCUGUCAUGUGUUAUAGAAGUCAAGCCCUAGAAAACUUUCCUUCUAGGGAAAUUUCAAAAAUCAGUUUUUCUCACAUGGUAUAGAUGAAAGAAAGUUCACCUAGUGAGUGGCAUAUGGUAGAAGAGAACAGUUGAGGGUGGUGUGAAUAAAGACUGCCUGCAAUAAACUUUUAAGCACAAACGCUCAACAAACCAAUUCCCUUUUCCCCCCAAAAUACACACCCUUCCUUUGGGAUGUGGAAAGGUGUUGAGCCAUAUUUCCAGUUUACUUUAGAAUGGAAGCCAUUAUUGGCCAUCAUUAAACUAACUUAAAGCUUUUAUUGAUUUACUUAGUACUUUCAGGAAAUAGGAGCCUUGGAUUUUAAACAGUUUUCCUUCCAUCUAGAGGCUGGAAAAAAAAAAGAUGUGAGCAUGUUGGGAGAGAUUUUAUAUUUUGCAGGCUUGGGUGCUUAAUGCUGGACAUACAAACAGAGAAGCGGUCGAAACAACAAUGGGAAUGUACCUGGAACCAUGACUUGGUGGCAAGCAAGCGAGC